AAAGGUUUUUAAAAAUGCAGGUUUCCAGGUCCUACUCCACAGCUCCAGGAUUCCAAUCUCUUGGAGGUGAGGGAGAGACAGUAGGAAUUUGCACUUUAGCGAGCACUUCUCCCUAACUCUACUGCUAAGUUUGCAAAAUCACAGACAAACUAUGAUAGUGUUGGUGGGGCCGAUGGGGCCAGUAGAAUCGAGAGCUCCUCAAGGAGGAACAGGACUUGUAGUGAUAUGUCAACUACCCCGCCCACCCCACGCUUGCAGCCAACAUACGCACUCGGCAAGGGUCGGGGCCGGGUCUCAUUCACCCCUCACUCGUCUCCCUGCAAGGUUAGGAACCCGCGAGCAGAACAGCUUAUUAUCAGUUGCUUUUAAAAGACGGAAGGCUCAUGGUGCAAAUUGUUGUUUCCAGGGAAUCCCUGUUCUGAUCGUGGGGCAUCAUAUCCUGUAUGGGAAAAUCAUCCACCUGGAGAAACCUUUUGCUGUCCUUGUCAAACAUACUCCUGGGGAGCAGGAUUGUGAUGAGCUUGGCUGCGAGACUGGCACCCGGUACUUGGUGACAGCACUCAUCAAAAAGAAGAUCCUUUUCAAAACUCGCCCCAAGCCCAUUAUUACCAACGUCCCCAAGAAAGUAUGAAAGAACCCCGGAUUUUCCCUAGAGAGCGGCCAACUCCUUGGACUCGUGCUCCACUGCCACCUCGAGGACGACUCGACGGUUCCCUGGGACCACAGGGGGGUCCUGUUCUAAACACAGGCCACCCACUGAGCAUGAACUCAGAUUCCUUCCUUAUGGCAGCCGGUUCUCUUGGGGGAAAUCUGGCCCCAUUUCCAAGGAACCCAUCUCCUUUUCCAACUUCAUUAGGCUCAUUGGCUUCGAAUCCAGCACCUUUCCCUGCUGGUGCUCGUGACCCACCCAUGGCUUCUUUACCAAGGGGGAUGAAUCCCGCUGGCACAGGUGCAGUUUCUUUCCCGAGGCCAGGUGGUCUCUUGGGCCCAGGCCCAGGCCCAACUCUAAACCCUAGAGCAGGGGCUCUUCCAGGCCCAGGGCCUCUGUCUAACCCAAGGUUGGGUCUCCCAGGGCCAAGUCCUAUGUCCAACUCAAGGGCAGGUGGUCUCCUGGGAACGGGUCCUGACUCUAGAAGUGGUGGUCCCAUGGGCCCUGGAUCUGGACCCAAUCUGAGAGCAGGUGUCCUGUUGACUUCUGGGAAUGGUCCUCCCAAUACUAGACCUGUUGGCCUGGGCCCUGGACCAAGUCCCAGUUUGAGAUCAGGUUUUGUAGGUACAAACCCUGCCCCAAGGUCAGGUAUAUUUCCAGGCCCCACCCUUGGGCCCAACCCAAGGGCAGGUGGCCUGGGCCCAGGCCUUGGGCCUAACACAAGGGCAAGUGGCCUAGGCCCAGGCCCUAAUUUGGACACCAGAGCAGGUGGCCUCUUAGGCACAGGAUCUGGUCUUAACUUAAGAAUGGGUGGACCUCAAGGCCUAGAUCUUGCCCCCAUUCUAAGAGCAGCAGGUCUUUUAGGAGCAAAUUCAGCUUCUUUCUCACAGGCCUCUGGAAACAUGGGCACAAGCCCAUCUUCCAUGGCAAGAAUACCUGGCCCCAUAGGCCCAAACUCGGGUCCUGGCACUCGGGGAAUUGGCCUCCCAGGGCCAAAUCCAUCUCCCUUGUCAAGGGCUCCUGGCCCCAUAGGCCCUAAUUCAGCUCAUUUUUCAAGGCCAGCUGGCCCCAUGGGGGUAAAUACUAAUCCCUUUCCGAGGGGGACAGGUUCAGGGGGCCUGAACCCAGCUGCCUUUUCUCAGUCUUCUGGCACAUUGGCUUCAAACCCAGCUACCUUCCAGAGGUCUGCUGGCCUCCAGGGCUCAAAUCCAGCAAUUUUCCCAAGAGCCUCUGGACCACUAGGACCCAACCCAGCUAACUUCCCAAGGGCCACUGGCUUACAGGGUCCAAGCCCAGCUACCUUCCCAAGGUCUACUGGCCCAUUAGGCCCUGGUCAGGUUACUUUCCCCAGGUCAGCUCCUGGGCCUCUGGGCUCUUCUCCAGCAGGCCCUGUGGGUAUCAACCCAGCUUCUUUUGCAAGGCCAACUGGGAACCUGGGUCUAAACCCAGCUUCCUUUCCAAGGAUGAAUGGCCCUGUAGGCAAGACUUUGGUCCCAUUUCCUAGAGUGGGGAGUCUCCCUGGCACAAACCCAGCUGCUUUUCCCAGACCAGGGGGUCCAAUGGCUGCAAUGUACCCAAAUGGAAUGUUACCCCCUUAAACAGCAUUUUCUUUCCAGGACCACCUUGGUUUCCAGGCAUCGUGGUUCUGGCAACGGCUCUGUUUUAGAUAAAAGGGUAGUUAUGGAGCUACAGUCUGAAGUACAUAGCUGGGGCUCACAUUCAAAUGAGCCAUUUUUUCCCCUCUGCUUCUUUCUUGAUUGAAGGUGAAAUGUUAUUUGUGGGACAUGGACUUCGGCAGGUGGGAAUGAUCCUGGCCUUGAAAGAAAGGAUCUCCAGCCUUCCAGAAGCCUGCUGUGCUUGUCCCACAGCCCUCUGCCCCUUGUUUCUUACUAGUUUCUUGAAUUGUUCUUGUGGACUUUUCCUCAGGGAUACAUUGGCCUGCAGGUCCCAGUUCAUAUGUAGUCCCCUGCUCACCACUGGAGAAUCAGCUCACUGCUCUCUAGAAAUGUUACAUUGGUGAAUGGACCAUGCUUCAGCAGCUCGAACCUGGGCAGCUUGGACCUGGUCAUCCUCUACUGCCAUACCUUUCCCUGGGGGCUUGAACACAGAACAGGGAGGUGGGCAACCACUUCAGAGACCCACCAAAUACAGUUCUUGCUUGACUGACUGGUCAUGCAGCUUCCUUCUCCAGGACUCAGAGAGGAGGCCAGAAUCACAGCUCUACUGCUCAUCCAACUCCCUCUUCACUGAUUCUCCCAAUCAAAGAACCUCAAAAUUUAAACUGAUGUGGAUGGGAAUUGGGGUGGGGGGUGGGGGGAAUGAAGGGGAGAAAUCACUGUGCUUUGUUCAGCCUGAUGUGAAAGGAUGGUGGUGUUUUUCCUGCAUUGUAUCUUUUCUUACUGUUUCUUUAAUAAAUGGGAAGAGAAGGCU